GAAUAAAAGCGUUUUAACCACGACGUCUCUGCACCGAGCGAGCCCUUCACUUCUCCUUCUUCUUCAUUCAAUUUCAAUUAUUACCGGAUUCCCCGCAAAGGUCUCCGAUAUCAUCGUGCUAAGGAAAAAGAACCCCCCAGAAAAAGAAAAAGAAAAAGAAAAACUUGAACGCGUCUCCUUUUCGUUCUUUUUAUUGAAUCCUCGGUUUGAUUCAUCCACCUUUUCAGCGGGAAAAUGGACGGAAAAUGGGGCUUCUUCUUCCUCGUAUCUGUAGCGCUCUCGCUCUCAUUGGCGGCAGCCAUGAUGGAGGUCGAGGACUUGGGGCCCACCAAAGAGCUAGGUUACUUCACAAAGCUUGCUAACUUCUUGUGGGAGGCCGAUGGGUCCUCCUACCAUCAUGUUUGGCCGCCGAUGGAAUUUGGGUGGCAAAUUGUGUUGGGGUCAUUGAUCGGUUUCUUCGGUGCGGCUUUUGGGAGCGUCGGAGGAGUUGGAGGUGGAGGGAUAUUUGUUCCUAUGCUUGCAUUGAUUAUUGGGUUUGACCCAAAAUCUUCGACGGCUAUGUCGAAAUGUAUGAUAACGGGCGCAGCAGGUUCAACUGUUUACUACAAUCUUAAAUUGAGGCAUCCUACUAUAGAAAUGCCCAUCAUUGACUAUGACUUGGCUCUGCUCAUUCAACCGAUGCUCAUGUUAGGGAUCAGCAUUGGAGUUAUAUGCAAUGUCGUUUUCCCUGAUUGGAUGGUCACAAUUCUCCUGAUCAUUCUCUUUUUAUUUACAUCGACUAAAGCAUUUAUCAGGGGAGUUGAGACUUGGAAGAAAGAGACAAUAUUGAAGAAGGAGGCUGCUAGACGUGCAGAGAACAACGACAGCACAGUUGAAGUAGAAUACAGGCCUCUUCCUAAUGGUCCAGACAAUCAUCAAGAGAUCAAGACAAACUUAGAAUCUGAGGUCCCAAUUCUCGAAAAUGUCUGCUGGAAGGAGCUUGGUCUUCUUGUUUUUGUCUGGAUGGCUUUCCUAGCUCUGCAGAUCAUGAAGAACUAUACAGCAACUUGUACGAUCUGGUACUGGGUGUUGAACUUCCUUCAGAUCCCUGUUGCUUUGGGGGUGAGUUCGUAUGAAGCUGUUAGCUUAUAUAGAGGAGACAGAGUAAUAGCAUCAAAGGGAGAUUCAGGAACAGACCUGAAAGUUCACCAGCUCGUUUUAUAUUGUUUCUCUGGUGUCAUGGCUGGUGUAGUUGGAGGACUGCUUGGCCUCGGUGGAGGAUUUAUACUCGGUCCUCUUUUCUUAGAGCUCGGAAUCCCUCCUCAGGUAUCAAGCGCUACAGCUACCUUUGCCAUGACAUUCUCAGCAUCAAUGUCCGUUGUAGAGUACUAUCUCUUACACCGUUUCCCAGUCCCAUAUGCACUGUACUUUGUUGUCGUUGCAACUGUUGCUGCAUUUAUCGGCCAACAUGUGGUGAGACAAUUGAUCAUUGUAAUGGGCAGGGCUUCGCUUAUCAUCUUCAUCUUGGCUUUCACAAUCUUCGUCAGUGCAAUCUCGCUUGGUGGAGUUGGUAUCUCGAACAUUAUCAGAAAGAUCGAACACCACGGAUACAUGGGGUUUGAGAACUUGUGUAGAUAUUAGCAAAUAUUUGUCCGAGUUCUGUAAUCAAUUGAUUUAAUUUUUGGAUAGUUGGGGUUUCUAUCAUUGUCAAAAGUCUUGAAAAAUUAUUUGGAGAUGAUUUGUCUUUAAUGCUCAAUGAAAAACUUUCUAUAGAAUUGUCAUUU